CCCGCGUCGGCUUCUUCUCCGUGGUGCCAUGACGUGACGGCCGAAGUGGGCCGUCCGCAACCUCGACCCUCCCCUCGGCCUCGAAAUCCGCGUCAACUACAAAACCUACCAUACAAACUAACAACACAACUACCCGUCAACGAUUUUCUCAACGGCGACUGUGCUGAGACCACCCCUCGUUUCGCGACCAUCCGGGAUCCAAUUUUCGAACCCUCCUGUAUCUCGCUCCCAAGAGCCCCGUCCAAGCUGAAAACCAACGUAACCCCUCGCUCAGGCGGCAAGGCCCGCACUUGGCCUCGUUUACGCGCUCUAGCGCGUCCAUUCGCUUCCCCAGACUUCAUCCUCAUCGAUUGCCCCGCCGGCAUAGACGCCGGCUUCAUCACCGCCAUCACGCCCGCCAACGAGGCUGUCCUCAUCACCACGCCCGAUAUCACGAGCCUCCGCGACGCCGACCGCGUCACCGGCCUCCUCGAGUGCGAUGGCAUCAGGGACAUCAAGAUGGUUGUGAACCGGGUUCGCACCGAUAUGAUUAAGGGCGAGGACAUGAUGUCGGUGUUGGAUGUGCAAGAGAUGCUGGGGUUGCCUCUUCUUGGGGUUAUACCUGAGGACAGUGAGGUUAUCAGGAGCACCAAUAGAGGAUACCCUCUUGUGCUCAACAAGCCUCCAACUUUGGCUGGCUUGGCCUUUGAGCAAGCAGCGUGGAGGCUCGUGGAGCAGGAUAGCAUGCAGGCCGUGGUGGUGGAGCAACCUAAACGUGGGUUCUUCUCCUUUUUUGGUGGGUAGGAUUCUUUUUUUUAUUUUGUGGUGUUUAGGGUGUAUAGUUAGGUAGUCGAGAUUAUUUGUUUUUGCUUAAAUGAUCGGUUGAGUAUGAGUAAAUCUGUUUUAUUGGUGUCUAUAGAGAACGGAAUUUGAGGUUUUUUUUUUUUCUAUAUUUCCUUAUGCUGUUGAUGGAUUAAUGAGAGUUCUUCUGACCAAAUUGAGUGUUGGGAUGUUGGAGCUCUAAUGCAAUGAACAUUUUUUUGCUUUGUUAAUGAGUGAAGUUAUGAUAUGAUAUGGUGAUAGCCAAUGAAUGGAAAAGAAAUUUGUUAAGUUGUUUAUAUUAUGCCGUAUCUCUGAUGGAUUUCCAUUUGAUUGGUGUUACUGUAUUCGCUGAGUGAUUGAUCUUCCACUUUUUGGGUUGGUUUGAUUGCAACAAAAUAUAUAUUAAUUUCGUUUUCUGG